GGUGUACGAAGAGCACCGUGAGCCUUGGGUUCACAUCCCUAACUGAACCACUUCAAGUAUGGCGUAAACCCUAACUCUCUAAAACCUAUCCAUGGCAAUUCAUAUUCUUUCACCAAUUCCCUCUUCCCUCUUUCUCUCUCCUAUACCCACUCCACUUUUCCCACCAUUUUCAACCUCCACCCAAAUUAGAGCCUCUACCAACUCCAACAAUGGCGUGCAAGAACCCCCUAAACGCCGCGGUCGACCUAAGGGCAGCACAAAAUCCAACACUCCGAAAACACCCAAAAAAUUAAGUGGGUCCUCUCAAAAUGCCGAAUUUGAAAAUGGGUCGACCCUAACUUGGGAUGAGUUAGAGGAUUUUGACGAUGGGAUGGAUUUCCCCUACUUAGACCCGCCAUUGAUAUGCUGCUUUGGAGCAGUUCAGAAGGAAUUUGUGCCAAGUGUUAGAGUUUCAGAGCACCAAAUGGAUCCUGAUAUCUAUUCCGGGUGGAAAAUGAUGCAGUGGAAUCCGCCUGAGUUUGGGCGGGCUCCCGGUGGACCGGUGUCGAAUGUGGCUAUUUCACACGUUCGAUUAGGUGGAAGGGCGGCAGUUAUUGGCAAGGUUGGGGAAGAUGAUUUUGGGGAGGAAUUGGUCCUUAUGAUGAAUAAGGAGAAUGUGCAAACAAGGGCAGUGAAGUUUGACUCUAAUGUUAAAACUGCGUGUUCUUAUAUGAGGGUUAAGUUUAGUGAUGAUGGGAAGAUGAAGAUGGAAACAGUGAAAGAAGCUGCUGAGGAUUCUUUGGUAGCCUCUGAAUUGAAUUUAGCUGUUCUUAAAGAGGCUAGGAUCUUCCACUUUAAUUCCGAAGUCUUGACGUCACCUUCUAUGAACACCACCCUCUUCAGAGCUAUAAAAUUAUCCAAAAAGUUUGGAGGCCUUGUGUUUUUUGAUUUGAAUCUUCCAUUACCCUUGUGGAAGUCACGUGACGAGACAAGAGAAGUUAUCAAACAAGCUUGGGAGGAAGCCAAUAUCAUUGAGGUCAGCAGGGAAGAACUGGAGUUCCUUUUAGACGAAGAUCAUUAUGAAAGGAGAAAAAAUUACCGACCCCAGUACUAUUCUGAAAAUUAUGAACAGAGUAAAAAUAGGAGAGAUUACUACCACUAUACACGAGAAGAGAUAUCUCCAUUGUGGCAUGACGGGCUAAAGUUUCUUUUUGUCACAGAUGGUACACUUCGAAUUCAUUAUUAUGCCCCGUCUUUUGACGGUGUUGUGGUUGGCACAGAAGAUGUGCUAAUAACCCCAUUUACAUGCGAUAGAACUGGAUCUGGUGAUGCAGUUGUUGCUGGGAUUAUGAGGAAACUGACAAGUCAUCCUGAGAUGUAUGAAGAUCAAGAUGUUUUGGAGAGGCAGCUUCGGUUUUCUAUUGCUGCGGGCAUUAUAUCACAAUGGACUAUUGGGGCAGUGAGGGGCUUUCCAACCGAGAGCGCCACUCAAAAUCUGAAAGAGCAAGUUUAUGUUCCUUCGAUGUGGUAGAGACUUUUUAAAACACAACAACUACAAAAUUAAUACAUGCUUUUAUAAACUGGUAUUGUGAAGUUGGUUGCUACCCUCAUCAGAUGAUUGUAAGUGCAAGUAAGUGUUGUAUACAAUUUCAUGUACUUGUCACUCCUGAGAGGAAACAGAACAGAGGGGUCCUUGUUAACGGACGAGACAGUGAAUUCAGCUGUCUUCUGUAAGCCUAAUAUGUAAAAGUGUGUAUGGACAAAGCGAAAUGUAGAUAUGAAGUACCUUAAGUUUUUUAGCUAGAUUGUUUUUUUCCCACUUCCCACAAAAGAGAAAUCUACGUAUGUUGUGUUGA